AACUGUAAUAAUCUCUUUAACUAAUUUGGGAAAUAGAGAAAAAGGAGCUUCGUUUCAGUGUGAUAAUGGCGAUGGCGCGCGUAGCCACCACUCUCUUUCCUUCCACAGCUUUCCCCAUAAAACAACCUAACCGGAACCGGAGUAAUCCGCCGCCGGUAAGAUGCUCGUCGAUCGCGCCACCUCUGAGUAGAAGAUCGGUCUCCAUCUCCAUACUUCUCUCUCACUUGCUUCUUAUCCCUAAUCAUGCCAUUGCAGCUAACUUCAUGGAUAAAUAUGUGAAAAGGAAAAAGCUUGAUCCUUUGGAGGCUUAUGUACCAGCUGUUAUAUUGAGCCAGUUUCAAAUCAAGGACUUGGAAAAGACAUUGGAAGCUAAUGAACCUCAGUAUGAUUCUUGUCGAUCUCUUCUUCGUUCUGGCCCUGCUGCAUCUCUUCGCAUAAAUAUUCGUGCGGUGGCACAAUAUGCUUCAGAAAAUGGAAAUGGUAAAUCCGCUUCCGAUGACGUCGAUCAAUGUCUCAGGGCAUUGGAGGAACUUGACUCCUUACUUUUGCAUGCAUCAAGAAAAGAUCCAGGAGCUUCAGUUAAAUCGAUGAAGGCACAGAUUGUUGUUGCUCUUGAUUCACUAGAAGGGCUCCUCAAAACGGUGCCUCCGGACGUGCUCGAUAAAGGAAAAGCCAUUGCUGAUUCAUAUAGGAACACAGAAGAAGAAGAAGAAGAAGCUGGCAGUCAGGUCUUAGACCCCCAACUGAAGCAGCUCCAAUCAAUUUUGUGAUAUUGUAAGUGACAAUUCAACUUUUAUUAUCAUGUACAUGAAAGACAACCUUGUAUCUUAAAAGGGAAAGGGGGAAAAAAAAAAGACAAUUCAAAUUCAAUCUUUAGAUAAACCAAAAGUGUAUAAUUACAUUUUAAAUGAGGCCAUUUUGCCAAUAAUAUCUUACUCAUGGGAUCUUAUAUUAUGUAGAGAUUUUCCCAUAUGGGAUCUUGUAUUAUAUUUAUUCAAUGGAUGAAUUUUAUGUAUAAAA